GUUUUCUAGUCCAACACCGAUGAACAACACCCUCUAGCAGCUGAACGGGGAGGAAAAAAUCCAACGGUGUCCUACGGCAGUCAUGGCGGCGCCGUUAGCCCACUUCGAUGAGGACUGGCAAGAUUUUAACGAAUUCAAGCCAGUGACCGAUUCUCCAAACCGACUGGAUCUUCUGAACUCGAACACCGGCGACUCGUCGUCGGGCCUGGAAGAUUUGUCCGACCUGGACAACAGCUUCUCCGGGGAAAUUUGCAGCUUCAAAUCGAUGGAAGACCUUGUCCAUGACUUCGAUGAAAAGCUGAACGUGUGCUUCCGAAAUUACAACACUAAAACCGAAAACAUAGCCCCCAUUAAACCUAUAGCGGAAGACACUUUCCUGAAAGAUGACGAGGUGUGGAACGCGCUGACUGAUAACUAUGGCAACGUGAUGCCUGUGGACUGGAGGACAUCUCACACACGCUCUCUCCAUCUCCCCACACUCAACCUGAGAGACCAGCAGGUACAGCAGCAGGAGAGCUGUCCUCUGGAGCUGUCUGAUGAUGAGGAUCUGAGGGAGCAGAUGGACAUGCACUCCAUCAUCGUGUCCUGCAUCAGCAACGAGCCCCUCUUCACUGCUGAGCAGGUGAUGGAGGAGAUUGAGGAGAUCAUGCAGGAGUCUCCAGACAUGGAGGAUGAGAGCCAGACCCUCCCCCCUGAACUGAGCCUGCUCACCCACCCUAGCUCCAGCUACCUUCUCCGACUGAGGCAGCUAUCGGUGCCUGCGCUGACGGAGGCCCUGGAGGAGGUGGAGAGGCAGAUCAGGGGCUACAGCGAGGAGCUGAUCCAGCAGCUGGCUCUGAGAGACGAGCUGGACUUUGAGAAGGAGGUGAAGAACGGCUUCAUCUCUCUGCUGAUCGAGGUGCAGAACAGGCAGAAGGAGCUGCGGGAGCAGAGGAGGAAGAUCCGCCCCAACGGGGCCCGCGCCCACCGCACACACGUACCGGGGACGCUCUUCACUAUAGAGGGACUCUCCUCUGUCAUUCAAAAUGGCCUCCGUCAAACUUUCAGCACAAAAGGAGGGGACAAGCAGUACCUGACCACAGUGAUCCCCUAUGAGAGGAAGGCUUGCUCGGUGGAAGACCUCCAGAUCCUCACCAAGAUCCUGCACGCUAUGAGAGAUGACAGCGACAAGGUGCCCAGUCUGCUAACAGACUACAUUCUGAAAGCUCUGGUAUAGGAGCAAUGGACCUGGAGUUCUGUGCCCUACUUAAACCCAUACAAGUUCCAAAACCUUCUAGAAGUCACCAAUGGAACACGCCAAGCGUUGGGACGUUCUGGAACACUCCCAUGAAUUAAGCCCCUCCCCUUCCUGUAGUACAACGGCUUUUUCCUGAGGCUGUUUUCUCCUCGACGCCCUCGAGUGUUGAGAUUUUAACGUGUGAUAUUUUAGCUGAUUGACUGCCUAUACCCUUUUCCAAUCUUAAGCGUGUUUUAAUGUUUAAGUGUGACUAUCGCUUGUUAGUUUGUACGUUGUCUCUGCAUGUUAGGUUUUCUUUAUUAGCAGUAUUACUCAUUGCAACCUGCACUCUGAUAGGCCAUUUGCCAUGACAGGAUGCUGUAGUGACUUUAGCUGUGUUCGACUUCAUGCAGCACCGGCGGCGCCGACAGCCGGCUGCAGCCAGCUGACUUGAAGCUAAGAAUGCCAUUGGCAGCUUCAAGUCAGCCGGGCUGCAGGCGACGCCAGCGCUGCAUGAAGUCGAACGCACCUUUUGUGUCUCAGUGGGCAGGAUCAGUUGUGGGAACCAAUUGGAGCUUGGCUCCUUCAAUCAGAGAGCACCCAUUGGUUCAUAGCAGUAGAUGAUGGACAGCUCUGGCAGUCAGCUGACAUCUCGUUUUCCUAAAAGAGGAAUGUUACAACCUUCUAUCACAUCGUCAAUAUAGCGUUGCACCUGUUUUCCAUGCUGCUUUAUACUCAAAGUGUAGGUACACAAACAUUAGAAGAAAAACAAACAUAUAUUGUAUAUACUUAUGAUCUUAAAAUUGCACAGUUUGGAAACACUUUUUUGAUAAUUUCUUAAUAAAAGGGACAGGAAAUGUAGGGACUGAAGUGGAAUGUGUAGAGGAUGUUGUUGCUGGAAAGAGGUGGUUUAGAGAUUAGAGGCUGUGAUGAAUGUUAGUCUGAGAGGAUGUUAGUCUGAGAGGAUGUUAGUCUGAGAGGAUGUUAGUCUGAGAGGAUGUUGCUGAGCAGUGACCAGGUCUGGUGACCAGAGCCCAGCAUCAUGCUGAGACAACAGCUGUAGUGAUAAAUCAGUCUACAGGAGAUCACUAGUCUGACGAAGAAUGAGACUGAAGGUUGAUAUCGUGGAAGAUUUAUCAUUUGCUGCUCAACGUACAUCCAUGUUUUUAUAUAGUGAUGAAGCAUCACUACUACAUCAGUACAGUGUGGGACUAUCAGACACUAACAACACAUCUAUCAUCGAGAGUGUGCACUGAUGUGCUUUUAUACACACAUGUAUGCACAUACACAUGCAUACUUAUACACACACACACCCUAGAUGCAUCUAGGCAUACAUACAUACACGCACAUGUACACACCACACGUCCUAGAUGCCCCUACCUACCCUCAGGUACUUGGUCAGGCCGCAUCCAUGUGACCCUGAACCGCCAUCACUAAGGAUGAUGAUGAACAAUCUCAGUGUAGUGCAGACUAUAGCACCGUUCUUCAACCAGACUCCUGUUGUGCUGGUUCUCCUGGCUGAGUUUCUCGUGUUACUUCAAUAUUAGUUGACGUUAGUUGAUGUUGUAUCUGUUAGCCUGCUACUCUUUGUCUAAAGACCGUAAACUGAAUCCUCAUCCCUAAAUCUUCAGUAGCUGAAGCUACAUUUGUGGUACCUCCAACAUGCUAGUGUUGUAGGCUACCCUAUAAGGACUAAUUUAGUGGUUGUGAUGUGAUAUCAGUAAGCAGAUGUAGCGGUGUAGUGAUGCUAGCAUUGUUGUGGCGCUACUAGAUACAGCGUUUAGUAGCAUCGGGAGAUGUUUUCGUACUUUAACAGAUCAUGGUAGAUUAACCCAAUUUAAGGGAUUCCUAAAGUUGGCAUUUAGAGUGUUUGGGAUGUAGCCAAAGGACCAUAUAGUCUAUGUGUGUGCGAAUUCUUUGAGGAGUUAUUGACCAACAGGGAAAGUAGUGAAUAUGCCUCGUAAACUUCCGUAAUUGAAACCAGCCAGCCAGUAGUUUGUGUAUAGGUUCAUGUUGGUAGAUAAUCGUCUCGUAAGUUGUAGACACCUUUUAAAAGCAUUCAACACCCGGAUGGGCUGCAUGCACUUUACAGCUGCAAACAUAUUUAGAGAUUGACACCUGAAUAUAUGAAUUGUAUCACACUAGACGGGCUAUAUAUCGGAUAUAUACAGUAUCCACGGGCAGCGAACCAUUUGUUCAUGUUUAAAAAAAACAAAUAGUCGAACUGAAAUGUGUUCCAGGAUUUUCAGUUUUUUCCUCGUCCCUGCUGCUUGGUAGGAGGACGGUUGCUAGGUGUCAUUGUUAAGGAAGUGGUUCAGGUUACAGACUGAGACUAAGCCCCGCCCCUUCCGGCCUGGUCUUUUUAGCAGACAUAUCAGCAUAUUCAUGCUUAACAAGAGAUUUAUAUUUAUAUAGAAACUCACAACGAAUAAGGCUGCCUUUCUAAACGCCUGACAUUUUUGUAUAUUGAAUCGACUUGAUUAUUUUUAAUGCUAAAAUAGUUGUUCCCCCAUUUUGGGUUUUUCUGUUUUCUGUUAUCCUUGUCAUGUGAUGUGUACUUAAGUACAUUAAUUUAUUAAGAAAAUGUUUGUUUUGUAACCGUAUUAUCAAUUGUAGUGGUACAUGUGUUUUGUGCCAGAAUUGAAUUGCUGCGAAUUUCAAAUAAAUCCAUAUGUUGACUA